AUGUUUGGAUACUGCGCCAUAUUUCCAAAGGACUACGAGUUUGACAAGGACGAGUUAGUCUUGUUAUGGAUGGCAGAAGGUUUUCUGCAACAAUCACAAAGAAUGAGGAAAUGCAUGAAAGAGUUAGGUGAUGAUUGCUUCAAUGAGUUGUUAUCAAGGUCAUUCUUCCAACCUUCAAGUGGCAUGAAAUCAAAAUUCACGAUGCAUGACCUUUUGAAUGAUUUAGCUCAACAUGUUACGGGAGAAAUAUGCUUUAGGAUGGAAGAUAAUAUGGACAACAAUGAACGGUGUAACAUUUCUCCGAAGGCUUGCCACUCGGCAUUCAUGCGCCAUUACUGUGAAGUGUACAAAAGAUUCAAGGCAUUUGAUCAUGAACUUCAUCGCUUGCGAACAUUCUUAGCACUACCAAUUUCUAAGUCAGAUACAAGGCAAACCUUCUGUUUAAGCAAUGGUGUUUUAGUUAACAUACCGCCAAAAUUACUGUACUUAAGAGUCUUAUUAUUGACUGAGUAUGAUAUAAGCGAGUUACCCAACUCGAUUGGCGAUUUGAAACAUCUUCGGUUGUUGAAUUUAUCAGGGACAUCAAUUAAAUGGUUGCCAAAAUCAGUGACUGAUCUCUAUAAUUUGCAGACAUUAUCGUUGCAUCGUUGUUCUGAGCUUUCAAUGCCAAAGUUUGUUUUGUGUAAAAGUGGCGGAUUGGGACUUAACCAUUUGAACAACCUAGAGCUUCUACAGGGGAUGCUUUCUAUUGUAGGGUUGCAAAAUGUUAAGAAUGUGCGGGAUGCAGAGGAGGCCAACUUAAAUAAUAAGCGAGAGCUUGAUGAGUUAGAAUUGCUAUGGAGUAGUGAGGUUCAAGAUUCUCAAAAUGAAGAGCUUCAAGCGAACGUACUCAACAUGCUACGGCCCCAUAAAGGAUUGAAACGUCUCAAAAUUGAGUUUUACAGGGGCUUAACAUUCCCCAGUUGGAUUGGGGAUCUGUCGUUCUCAAAAACAACGCAGAUUAGUCUAAAAGGAUGUACAAAAUGUGCGUCUUUGCCACCACUGGGUCAGCUACCUCUGUUGAAAGAACUACACAUUCAAGGCAUGCAUGCAAUAAAGAACGUGGGAGCCGAGUUCUACGGGGAUGGUGGCUCAUUAGAGACUCGAUUCCCGUCACUCGAGACUCUAAGCUUUGAGGAUAUGCCGGAAUGGGAAGGAUGGUGUAGUUGUAUUGGUGUUGAAUUUGUAGGACAUUUCCCUUGCCUUCGUCAGCUUACCAUGGCCAAGUGUCCUAAACUGGUAAGUGUCUCAGUCCUAAGGCUUCCUUCUCUUUGCAAAUUAAAGAUAGAACGUUGUAGAGAGGUGGUUCUAAAAAGUCUCAUUGAAUUAACCUCUCUAAGACAACUGUUUAUUAAGGAUAUUUCGGGACUGACCCAUUUGCAAGAAGAAUUCACUCAUUUCUUGGUGUCACUUGAAAAUUUUGAAGUGUGUGACUGUGCUGCACUAGUGACUCUGUGGCAGAAGGGGAAUACACCACAACACCUUUCCCAUUUGCAACACUUAAGUGUCGAGGGAUGUUCCGAACUUGUGUGCUUGACUGAAGAAGAUCAAAUGCUACCUUGUAAUCUUGAAUCUUUGCGAGUAUCUGGAUGUGAUUGUCUGGGGAGGUUGCCAAAUGGCCUGGAAAGCCAUACUUCUCUCAAAGUAUUGGAAUUGGAAAGGUGCCCAAAGCUCGUGUCCUUUCAAGAGGCCAAUCUCCCGCCCAUGCUUAGAAGUCUUAGGUUAACAGACUGCAGUUCACUAGAAUCCCUGCCUAAUUGCAACUCUUGUCUUGAGGAGUUGUGCCUCAACGAGUGCUCGUCUCUGAGAUGCUUGCCAAUGGAUACAUUUUCCUCCACCCUGAAGUCACUUGAGAUUCGUAAUUGCGAGGAAUUAGGGUCAAUUUUAGAGCCGAUUAGACUGAACAUAAUCAUGGAGGAGCCAGGAUGUUUUAGGAUCAGUGAUUGGCCAAAGUUGGAGAAGUUAUCUGUAUCUAUGCCGCCUUUUUAUUGUGAUUUGUCUUAUAAGAAGGGACAACCGUUCCCAACAGGAAGUAGUUUGAUUACUCCCAACCUCAGAAGGCUUCGUAUCAGUGGUAUUGCGAAUGACAUUUGUUUUGCAAGCAAGUUUCAAAGCCUCACAUCCCUUACAGUCUUGUUCAUGUCUUAUUGUGAUAAUCUUGAGUCCUUUCCUCAAGAGAAUUUGCCCCCCAACCUUAAAGAUAUUUUUAUCUUAAAUUGCAAUAAUUUGAAGCCUCUAUCAGAGUGGGGCCUCCACAGACUCUCUUCUCUUCAAAACUUUCACAUGAAUGGUGUAUGUAUACCCAGAGCUACAUUCCUUGCCGGAUGA